GCGGGGCCCAUAGUCACCGUGUCACGGUGCCCGGGAAGCCGCUGCUGCCGGAUCCGCCCCCCGCAGGGCGAGCGAGGGAGGAGGAGGAGGGAGGCCGGCUCCUCGCCGCCUCUUGUAGUUUUGCUCCCUUCCCGGCCCUGCCCCUGGCCCCUCUCCUCUCGCACCGGAGCUCCGUGCGUGCGGCGGCGGCGGGGGGCCAGGCCGCAGCGGCGCCCGAGCAGCCCGCGGGAGCUCCUGGACGGGCCUGGGCCACCGCCUCUGGACUAGGAUGUCCCGACAUGAAGGUGUCAGCUGUGAUGCAUGUUUAAAAGGAAAUUUUCGAGGUCGCCGAUACAAGUGUUUAAUUUGCUACGAUUACGAUCUGUGUGCAACUUGUUAUGAAAGUGGUGCAACAACAACAAGGCAUACAACUGACCAUCCAAUGCAGUGCAUACUAACAAGAGUAGAUUUUGAUUUGUACUAUGGUGGAGAAGCUUUCUCUGUAGAGCAGCCACAGUCUUUUACUUGUCCUUAUUGUGGGAAAAUGGGUUAUACGGAAACAUCUCUUCAAGACCAUGUUACUUCUGAGCAUGCAGAAACAUCAACGGAAGUGAUUUGUCCAAUAUGUGCAGCAUUACCUGGAGGGGAUCCAAAUCAUGUCACAGAUGACUUCGCUGCUCAUCUUACACUGGAACACAGAGCUCCUAGAGAUUUAGAUGAAUCCAGUGGUGUUCGGCACGUACGUAGGAUGUUCCACCCAGGCCGGGGCCUGGGGGGUCCCCGUGCACGUAGAUCAAACAUGCACUUUACUACCAGUUCCCCUGGUGGGCUUUCAUCUUCUCAGAGUUCGUAUUCUCCAAGCAAUAGGGAAGCCAUGGAUCCUAUAGCUGAGCUUUUAUCUCAGCUGUCAGGUGUGAGGCGUUCUGCAGGAGGACAGCUCAACUCCUCUGGCCCCUCUGCUUCUCAGUUACAGCAGCUGCAGAUGCAACUGCAGUUGGAAAGACAACAUGCACAGGCAGCAAGACAACAACUGGAGACUGCACGUAAUGCAACCAGACGCACCAACACAAUCAAUGUCAACACCACUAUGGCACAGUCUACAACAACAACCAACACAUGUAACACGGAGAACAGUCAGCAGACUAUUCAGAAUUCCCAGUUUCUUCUUACGAGGUUGAAUGAGCCGAAGAUGUCGGAAGCGGAGCGUCAGUCGAUGGAAAGUGAACGGGCAGACUGCAGCCUGUUUGUUCAGGAGCUUCUUUUGUCCACUUUGAUGCGGGAAGAAAGUUCCUCCUCAGAUGAGGAUGAGCGAGGGGAGAUUGCAGAUUUUGGUGCUAUGGGCUGUGUAGAUAUAAUGCCUCUAGAUGUUGCUUUAGAAAACCUAAAUUUAAAAGAGAGUAAUAAAGGAAAUGAGCCUCCUCCACCUCCUCUUUGAUGACAUCCCACUUUGCAGACAAUGUCCUCUGUGCUGUAUUUGCCAAUGAAAGUGGACAACAACUAUCUUGGGUUUGUUUUGGUGAUUGUAAUUUCAGGUCUGUCACUCUUGUUACAUUGUGUACAUUCAAAAGAAAGAGAGAAAAGAUAUAUAUGAUAAUCAUUUCCACUUAACUAAUUUUUACUUCUAGCAGGUAAAUGUAGGUUACAGUGCAGGGCAAAAAGCUCUGUGUUCUGUACCUUGACAUGCAAAAGGCUCUCCUAAUACUCCACAUUCAAACUGAAGAGGAAAAAAAAAAGAAAAAUCUCUAAUGAAGCUGCUGUGUGUAUUUAUGAAUAUUAAUGAAUAAAAACUGCUUGGAUGGUUUACCUUAACUACUGCAUGACGUUUUUUGCAGCGUGCAUGAGUUUCAGUGACCUUGUCAUUUAAAAAUUUAAAUACAAGGAGUAAAACUAUAAACCCCAAAGCUCUUCCAUUAUUCAAAGGUUACGAUACAAAAAGGUUAGUGCUGACUAGCAGUUUGUGGCCACAGAGUAGCUUUUCAAUAAUACAUCACAGGAUGACAUAUCUAUGUGCUUUUUCUGGACAGGAUGGAAACUGCAGUGGGGUAUAUUGUGAUCAGGGUGUGGCAUUUUGCUGUAUGUGACCUUUGUGUUGCUCUGACAGCCAACACCUCAGUGAUGAACUUGCUUUUAUGCAUCUCUAGGAGACACACCUGUAAGCCCACUGCUGGAAGCUACUGCAAGGGGCUUUUCUGUGCCCUGAAAUCAAAUGAUGUUCACUUUUGUUUAAAGUUAUUCCUUUUUGUGGUUGUUAAAUUUUUUUAAAUUGUUAAAUACAUUUUAUUCAGGUGUAGACAAUUCAUAUAUUCACUGUGUUUAAAAAAAAAAAAAAAAAAAAAAAAAAAAAAAAAAAAGAAAAAAAGUUAACCUGGAUCAUGCUGUCUUAGUGUAAAAAGCCUUUCACAGUCUCUCUCAAUCAUAUUUUGAGUUAUUUAUGUAUGUGCUUCAUAGUUUGCUGAGACCUAUCAGUAUCAGGAGAGCUUGAGGGUUUGGAUUCCCAGAUUGUCACUAUAUUACAAUUUAAUUCUUUAUGCUACCUUUAGCACCUUUUAUUUAUUGUUUCUUUUGGUUAUUUUCGCUGGUAAAAAAAAAAAAAAAAGCUGAAAAAGCCUUUCACUUGAAUCGUGUCACCUACAUGCCUAUACUGUUAACCCUACUGGUUUGGGGAAGAAAAAAAACGGGGGAAGUAUGGUUUUCUCUCACCCCCUGCCCUUGGUUUUUUGGUUUAUUUUUCCUUUGGUGGGAUUUUUGAAUGUAAAGUUAGAUUAUAUAAAUAAAAGUACACACAGCUUCUGAUGAAAAUUUAAACUAGGCUUAUAUCAUAACAGUGUCUUUCCAGAUCUUUAUCACCUCACCCUCCCCCCCCCCCCUCUUUUCUCUGUGUCUUUUCAUCUCUUGCAGCAUUGAUAGUAUUUUAGAGUAAAUUUACAGACCUGAACACCAGUUGGUGUUCACAGCAGAACUGUGUAUGCUAAUCCAAAAUUACAGCAGCAAAAGAAGCAACCUCAUAGUCUGAAGUUUAAGUUCUAUUACUUUUGUUUUUUACAUCCUCAAAUCCCAGUUCUUUCCACAUCGAGCAGUACUAGCUUUGUUUUCUUGUAGUCUCUGCAACAGAAAAUGUUUCAAGGGAAACUUUACAUGAGGCCUCUGGUUAUCCUGAGAGUUACCCCCAGUAGGGACUUUUUUAUUGAUUGUUGAGGAUUUAAAAAAAUUUUGAAGCUGUAGUAUUUUCAAACACAUCUUCUGCACAUUACAAUAAGACACACGGUUCAAUAAAGCAUUUUCAAGACUGUUGUUCA